AUGUCCAGAAAGUACUGUUGGGAGAUAAGGAUGUACAAUGGUAGUCAUACCUGUACUAGGGCCACCAUUUCUCAUGAUCAUUCGAAGCUGGAUUCCAACACAAUUGCAGAAGUAAUAAAGCCAUUGGUAGAAGUUGACCCGUCUAUAAAGGUGAAAUCAGUGAUUACGGAAGUAAAGUCAAAGUUUAACUACACCAUAAGUUAUCAGAAAGUAUGGUUGGCAAAACAGAAGGCAGUGGAGUCAGUAUUCGGAGGUUGGGAAGCUUCGUACGAAGCCUUGCCGAUAUGGUUUGAGGCCAUAUGUCACAAGGAGCCAUCCACAGUCGUUCAUUUUGAAACAAUGCCUGCGUAUCAAGGAGAUGACUUGGUUCCUAAUAUUCGUGUACUGCACCGAGUCUUCUGCAGUUAUUACCCUUGUAUUAAAGCAUUUAGACAUUGCAAGCCAAUAGUGCAGGUAGACGGAACUCAUUUGUAUGGAAAAUACAAGGGUUGUUUGCUGGUUGCAGUUUCACAGGAUGGCAACAACAACAUCGUGCCUAUUGCAUUUGCGAUAGUUGAGGGAGAGACAUCUAAGGCUUGGCACUUUUUUCUUAGUAACUUGCGACAGCAUGUUGUGACACAUGAUGGUGUGGGCCUUAUCUCCGAUCGGCACAAUUCCAUUAGGGCAGCUAUUGCUCGUAGUAACGGAGCUUGGUCUCCUCCCAGAGCAUUCCACAUGUUUUGCAUCAGACAUAUAGAGUCCAACUUUUUGAGGAAGUUCAAGGCCCCAUAUCUGCAGAAGCUUAUCGUCAACAUCGGAUACUCGCGAACAGUUUGCGAGUACAAGAUGCGUUAUCAGUGUUUACGUGAGCGGGGUGAGGCUUAUACCAACUGGUUGGAUCGGAUUCCAUGUGAGAAGUAUGCUUUAGCAUUUGAUGGGGGAUAUCGAUGGGGUCAUAUGUCCACCAAUCUAGUGGAGUGCAUCAACUCGGUACUGAAAGGGGCUCGCAAUCUUCCAGUCACUGCACUUGUUAAGGCAACAUUUUACAGGCUUAAUGAGUUGUUUACCCAAAAAAUAGCCGAGGCUGAGGCUCGAAUUAAUACAGGACAUAUGUUCUCUGAGCUUGUAACCUCCAAAUUGCAUGCCAAUCAACGAGCAGCGGGUAACAUCCAAGUUAGUUGCUUUGACCGACAGAAUGAGGUAUUUGAAGUGCGUGAGUGUCCCGGUGGUCUAGAGUAUGUAGUGGAUUGA